AUGACUGAAAGCGAAGAAAAAAAAUUAGAAGAAGAUACAAAUCAAAAUUUUAUAUCAUUUGAUGACACUGUUAAUAUAUUUGAAUGUCAGGUUGCAGGUCAUUCAAAUAAAAAGGGAAAACCUUUUGAAUUUCUUAGUCAUAAAGACGGUUACGUAUUAAAACCUGUUUUCAUGGAUGAAGACCAGGGUCGAAGAGAAAUUGAAUUUUAUGAAAAAUUAAAAACUUCAUGUGAUCCAAUUGAUAUUGAAUUAAAAAAUUUUGUUCCUUCAUAUUUUGGUUUGACACAAAUUAAUAUGAAACAAAAUCCGGAUGAUUAUAAUGUCAAAUGGAUGAUAUUACAAAAUAUAACACAUAAAUUUAAUGAACCUUGUAUUAUGGAUUUAAAAAUAGGAGCUCGAACGUGGGAUUUUUAUGCAACCGAACAAAAAAAACAAUCGGAAGAAGCUAAAUACCGCGAAUGCAAACAAGAUUUAGGUUUUUGUAUUCCAGGUUUUCAGGUUUAUAAUUUAUCAACCGGAGAAUUGAUAAAAAAAGGAAGAGAAUAUGGUAAAUCCCUAAAUGGUCAAGGAGCUAAAAAUGCAAUAAAAACAUUUCUUAAUGCUGAUUAUGGUUGGAAUAGAAGUUUGAUCCUUCAAUUCUUGACAAAAUUGUGGAAAAUACUUCGAUGGUUUCGAUAUCAAAAAAAAUAUCGUUUUUUUUCCAGUUCUCUAUUACUCGUUUACGAUGCAUCAAAAUUAAGACAAAAUAUUAAGCAAAAUUCGGUUUAUUGUAAAAAUAAGUUAAGUAAAUCCACUCUUGGAAGACAAAAUAGUUUUCAAAUGGGACAAAAUCGUGAACCUUCAACACACAACAGAUUGGGGGGAUCCCUUAGAAAAAUUCGAUCCCAAAAUAAUUUUGAUAAUUUGUUUAGAACUCAUUCUUUAAUAAAUAAUUACGAGAGAGAUCUUCAAGAUAUGAAAGACAAUUACAAUUUAAUUUUAAACGAUUUAAUGGGUAAAUCAAAUAAUGAGCUUUGGGUUAAUGUAGCCAUGAUUGAUUUUGCUCACGUUUUUCAAUCAGAUUUUGAAAGUAUCGAUGAAAAUUAUUUGAACGGUCUUCAAAAUUUAGUUGAUGUAUUUGAAGAAUUUUUAACGGAAACAAAUUCAUAA